CCAUGGAGCAGACGGCUUGUACGAAUGGAACGUGAUGCUGUUUGGGCUGAGGAACGCAUCAGCCGUGUUCCAGAGAGUCAUGGAUCAAGUGCUGAAGACAGUGCCAGCAGCAGCGUGCUACAUAGAUGACGUAGUGAUUUUCAGCAGGAGCGAAGAAGAGCAUGCUGAACACCUGAAGGCGACAUUAGAUGCUAUAGCAGCCGCAGGGCUGACCUGCCAUCCAGAGAAAUGCAAAAUAGCCAGAAGGACGGUGGCCUACCUGGGAUUUGAGAUUGGAGCAGCAUGGGCAUGGGAGCCGUACUGUGUCAAGAGCUGGAAGGAGAAGAACGAGUGGUGGCGUACGCCAGCCGUAGCUGCACAGCAACGGAAGCUAACUACAGUUCAUAUGAGGGUGAAGGAUUGGUGGCAGUGUGGGGAGUAACCCACUUCAGGGCCUACUUGUAAGGGCGCAAAUUCACGCUAGUGACGGACCACCAGCCGCUCUUAUGGCUGAUGACUAAUCAAACGCUGACGGGGCGGAAUGCCCGGUGGGCAAUGAGAUUGCAAGAAUACGAUUUUGUCAUCAAGCACCGCGCGGGCAAGACACUGCAACAUGCAGACGGUCUGUCCAGGAACCCUUCACCCGAAGAGGAGCAGCAGUGGGCAGCAGCCGCAAUGCAGAAGGAAGAGAAGGAUCCGGCGCAAGAGGCGAAGGAGCAAAGAGCAGAGGACAUUUGGCAAGACAAGGAGACAUUGCACUGGGUGCAAGGACUGACAGAGGAUGCAGCAACAGUGACGGCGAGAGCGAGGUGUAGAGGAUGACACUACCGGUGGUUUCAGAGUCAGAUGCAGCUGCGGACGACAGAGGGAUGGAAAAUGGUGCCAAGGCCAGAAGAAGAGAGAGCGUACCGUACAGCAAGUGCAUGAGAAGCUGGGGCACUACAGGGGAGCCAGGACUAGGCAACUAUUACAAACCACUUAUUGGUGGGCAGGGAUGAGAAAGGACGUAGCGAAGUGGGUGCAGGGGUGCGAGGCAUGUCAGCGGAACAGGGCAGCGCUGGAGAAGGGGAGGGAAGAACUGCAGUCUCUGCCCAUACGUGGCCUAGGAUUCAGGUGGUCGUUGGACCUAGCCGGUGAAUUACCAUUGACCAGACGAGGGAAGAUAUACAUAGUGGUGAUGAUAGAGCACACGACCAAGUGGGUGGAGCAAGAGCCAUUGCCAGCAAGAACAGCGGGCUGAUAAGGGAGGCAUUUCUGGAUCAAGUACUCACCAGAUAUGGCGCCUGCGGGGAAGUGCUGACCGAUCAAGGCACGGAUUUUCAAGGCAGCUUUGCUGAACUCUUGAGAGAAGCAGGCAUCACUCACAGAGUGACGUCGCGGUACCAUCCUCUGUCUGACGGGUUGACCGAGCGGAUGAUACAGAC